UGAAAACAGAGUAUUUCUCGAUCAUCGAGGCGCAUGAUGGAGCCUCCGAGACUCAGAAUCCUUUGCUUACACGGUUACCGGCAAGAUGCCGAAUCCUUCAGGACGAAGUGCAGACCCAUACAGAAGGCCACGAAGAAUUUCGCCGACUUCAUGUUUCUCACCGCUCCGACCCCCAUAGGCGGUAAGGACCGAGAGCGCGGCUGGUGGAUUUCAAGGCCCAAUUUUCUCAAAGACAUCCACGAGCCCGAAACCCAAGACGAGAAUUUCGAACAAGCCCUCAGGUUGGUUUCUGACAUCGUUGAAAGCGAAGGCCCCUUCGAUGGAAUUCUGGCGUUUUCGCAAGGCGCCUGCUUUGCCUCCUACAUCCUCCGGCUCGGCGGCCGGAUUUUCGGGGACUACGAUGGCGUCAACUUCAAAUUCGCGGUACUCUUCAGCGGGUACGAAUCUCGUUUCACUCGACACCUCCGCGAUACACAGAUCACGAUACCGACCCUGCACUACUAUGGAUUGACCGAUAAAGUUAUCCCGCCGGAAAAGUGUAUAGAUUUCGGAAAAAUGUUCAGCAACAUCGAAGUUCACGAGCACGACGGAGGGCACUUCCUGCCGACGACCGGUGACCCGAAGAAGAUUAUCGUGGAAUAUAUAAAGAAGUUUGUCCCGGUGGUAGAAUCCUCACCGAAUUCGAGUGUCAGCAACGAAAGUUGCGGCUGAAAACCGCUGGAGUCGCCACCAUUCCGCGUGGAAGAAAACAUCAAGUGGGAAACGAUAUCCUGGAGGAGUUUCCCCUCCCGUUCGAUCGUCGCUCCUCUCUGCUCUGAUUCAGUUCAUUGGAAUUACCUUCAGACAGAAUAAAUUGAAAUGGCAGAAAU